GUUACAAGGCAAAAAAACAGCUUGGUGAAAACAGAGCGGAGCGUUGCUGGGAGCUGUUUCGGCUGUGUUCGUUCGUUUGUGCCGUCUGUAAGCUCCGCGUACAACCGACGACUUAUUAUACUGCAAACUCUUACAUCUCGCUGCGAUGAAGUUCCAGUACAAAGAGGAACAUCCGUUUGAGAAGAGGCGAUCGGAGGGAGAGAAAAUAAGGAAGAAGUAUCCUGACAGGGUGCCUGUAAUUGUUGAAAAAGCCCCCAAAGCCAGAAUAGGAGACUUGGAUAAGAAGAAAUACCUUGUCCCCUCCGAUCUCACAGUGGGCCAGUUCUACUUUCUCAUCCGAAAACGAAUCCAUCUGAGGGCUGAGGAUGCUCUAUUCUUCUUCGUAAACAACGUCAUUCCUCCUACCUCUGCAACCAUGGGCUUGCUAUACCAGGAGCAUCAUGAAGAAGACUUCUUCCUCUACAUUGCCUACAGUGAUGAAAGUGUGUAUGGAGAAUAGAACCAAAGGAGAAGGCUAAUUUCACUCCUCCCUUACCUUCCUUUUAAAAAAAAAUAUAUAAACCCAUAUCGGCAGCCUAGAGUUCUAAGAGCUAAGACAUCAGAUGCACUUUCGCCUUUUUUUUACGUCUCCUCCUUCAUUCUGCCAUUUGCUUUAUUUUUGGUUUUUAUUACACAAAGGUUUUGGCACGUCGCCUUUCUUUCUUACAAUCAUGGUUCCAGACUGGCCCCAAACAGCAGCACCUAAUGGAUAUGGAUAGUACUUGAAGGAAAUCUUAUUUUGCCUAGAUCUUCAGCUUUAUCUUUGUUUCACUAAAGCUAUUGAAUUUAUUCUCUCUUGAAAAUAUUUUUGGGCCAUUGCACAUUUGAGGGCUGCUAGCACCUGUUAAGCAGUCAGUUAUAAAAGCCAGGCUAAAGUAAACAUCUUUUUCUGCUCUCAUGUGGUUUAAUUACAAUCUGAUAUUAAUAUUUAAUGUUACUUAUUCUUGUACCUAGGUAAUUUUUAGGUGGCUUGAUUUAUGAGAUUGUAAAGCUUUAAGAAAUGAUUUAGCUUGCAGAUUAUUUGUUUAGUUUUUUUUGUUUUUGUUUCUCAUUUGUUUUUUUGAACUCGGUAUUCAGCUGCAUUUCUGGUACCCUUGACUUGUGGUGACCAUAAAAACUAAAUACAUACAAA